AUGUAUUGUAUAUCAGUGAAAGACACGAAGAGCAGGGGAAAAAAGAUGUUCCAACGACUGUCGGUCUCCAUUAGACACAAUGCACACAUCAUAUUUUUAUGUAUAUGCUGGUACUUUAUUUCUUCAUUAGCAUCUCAAGUCACUAAGCAGGUUUUAACCGUAUGCCCGUUACCAUUGUUUUUGGGUGAGUUUCAAUUCAUAUACACUGCUAUGCUAGCUUGGUGUUCCUGUUUCAUUGCAUACAAGUAUCAGAAAUUUUAUCACAUAUUUCCCAAAGGCACAUUUCCAGAAUAUUAUGGCAACGCUGGCGACAGCAAUCGUAUGAUGAGAAAACCAUCCAAAUUAAGUUCUCUCAUUAUAUCACCUUCCAGGCCAAUUUUACAAACAGUUUUGCCUUUAGGUCUCUUCCAAUUUGUCGGGAAAUAUUUUGGCCAUACAGCUACUUCUUUGGUGCCUGUUUCUACCGUUGCCAGCAUAAAAACGCUUUCCCCUAUGUUUAUUCUUUUACUUCAAAAGCUUCUAAAGAUUUCCACUUUGAAAGUUACAUUAACUCUUACCUUUAGUUUAUGCACAUUGGUUUUUGGGGUUUGGAUUAUUGUUCAGGAAGACAAUCGUUUACCCGCUUCUUCCAGUGAUCUAAGGGAAUUCUCUAAUUAUGGCAUCAUAUGCGCUGUCAUAUCGAUGUUCAUUUUUGUCCUGCAAAAUAUAUAUGGUAAGACUGUGUUUACAUUCAGAUCUCAAAAGGAUGGUGCCCAAACUAACUCAGGAUCUUCCCGGGAAGAUUCCCCUUUACCUAUCUAUGAAAAAUCUAAUGAAAGACCUGCCAUGCAGAAUGUACCUAAAUCGUAUGACAAAUUGACUUUGAUGAUUUACAUCUCCCUCGUGGGAUUUUGCCUAUCUUUUUGCUGGUUUAUCACCUUAGAAUUCCCUAUAUUAUUCAAAUACUUCCUUGGAACUGACAAUUCGGUAACUGUGAUUCAAUCUUUUCCCGUGUCUUUGCUUUUAUUGAACGGAACUUUCCACUUCAUUCAAGCAAUGAUAACUUUCCACUUAUUAGGCGAAGUCUCAACUUUAACAUAUUCGAUAGCCAAUCUUAUGAAACGGUUUGCCAUUAUUGCAGUUAGUUGGGUCUUUAUUGGAAGAAGAAUCACCUGGCUACAGAUCCUCGGCUUGGUUUUGAAUACAUUAGGAUUGUUUCUCUAUGAACGAUGCACGUCGCAAUCGAAAACGAAAAUAAAAUUUCGCCCUGAAUAA